AUGUCAUCUGACAACCUAAAGUCCUCCACUAAAAAAAUUGAAAAACUAUCACUCCUACGAAACAUUAGUGAAAACUACGAUAAUAACAUGGGUGCCGAUGAAGGUUUAGGUUCAGCUGAUGGUUACGUCAGUACUGUAGGAUCCAUCGAUUUAUUCAGAACAUCACCUGGUAUGGCUGAUUUAUUCCGUCGGUUAUAUCAAAUUAGAAUUGAUUGUGGAGAAGUUGUUGAUAAUAAUAUGGAUAAACAAAAGCAAAUUGAAAUGCAAGAGUUUCAGAAAAAACUUAAAAAGCUAGAUAAAUUUGAAAGACAAAAAGUUAUGGUCAAACAAGCAAUUGAUCAAGCUGAAUCUUUGUUACAACAAAAGAAGAAACAAAGUGGUACUGAUGCUCGUUUAAAUAAUGACAUUAACAAGGCAAUUUCAAAGAUGGAUAAAGAAAUGAAAGAAUUGGAUAAAAUUCAUCAAGAAGCUCUCAAUAAGAAAUUAUUAUGGAAGGAAAUUCAAAUGCCGGUUGAACUGAGAAAACAAAGAGAAAGUGAUAUUAAAAAUUUUAGAGAUUAUAUCAAAUUUGUAAAAGCAGAACACAAAAAACUAUUAACAGGAAUGAUGGAUGACGAUGAUGAUGACAUUCCUAGAAGAGAUGUUAAAUUUGAAUCAAUUGAUAAUUUACAAAAAGCAAAGAAUGAAGUUCCAACAGUUGACAUCAGUGAAGGUUUAGAACAAAUUGAACAAGCAAAGAGACAACAGGAAGAGAAGAUUGAUAUUUUACUUAAUCAAAUUCAAAAAAUUGGUGGAAUUGCUAAUUCCAUUUCUGAUGAAUUGGAUAAGCAGGCUCAAUUAUUAGACAAGAUGAGCUCAGAUGUAGACAAAUAUAACAAACAAUUAGAUGAUACUAACAAAAGAAUGGUUGAAGCUAUUGAAAAGGCAGGAGGUGCAACUCGUCUCUUAAUUAUUCUUAUUAUUUUAAUUGUCAUAGUUGCCCUUUUAGGUAUUGGUUGGUUGUUAUUGGAAUUAUUUGUACCAAAUCUUUCAACUAUUAUUUAA